UCACUCAGUGGUCGCGUCGCCUCCCUCACUCACGCCACGCGCCUCCCUCACUCAACAACCUCAUUCUACUCCUCUGCUCUUGAGGUGUUGCUCGGAGUGGCAGAUGACACCAGUGGUGCAGGAUGCCAAGACUUUCAUCACCUGGUGGGCGAUGGUGCAGGAAAAACCAAGUCUGCUGCCAAAGGCCAAACAGAAGUUAGGAUCCUGGAGACUCCAGGAUGAGCACUUCAAGCCGGGAGCGUGGGAGGCGACGGUGGGGCUGGCCCUGCAGACCUCGCCGGAGUCUGCUAACAUAAGUCUGACGGAGGACUGCCCCUGGGAGCUGCCGGGCCUCCUGCCCGUCAUCCAGGCUCUGAGGAAGGUUAGCUGUACAUUUGUGGCUGAGUGGCGUCGAGAGUGGUUUCUGGGGGAGGAAGGCAGCCUGACGCCGUGCACAGCUGCCCUCCUGCAGUGUUCCAGACCUUCUACAGUAGCGGUGACCCUCUCUGACGACCAGCACUCCACCUCCCUCCCCGCGCUCCCCUCCAUCACCGUCUGCCUUGCAGGAACCUCCUGCUCCCUGAGCCUCAUGUUGGAGGGCGACUACGUGGCCAGCAACGACACCACCACAUCCGACUACCUCCUCCUACCCUGCCUGAAGGCCCGCUCCCGCGUCAGGCUGCGGAGGCUGGCGUGUCACUUGGGCGUGGAGGCCGCUAUCCAGUUUUUCCAGGAAGAGGCCGGCCAUGGUAGUUCAGACGAGGACUUCCCCGAUGUGAGGCACAGAACUCUUUACCAUGCCACGGCUUCCAUACGCUACCUGGAAACUCUCAAGGUGAGGAUAUCUUCCCUGGAUGUCCUGGUGGCCCUCAACCGGACCUUACCCCACCUGGAACUCCUCGAUGACCUGGAUGUGUACCUCACCCUUCAAGGCCUCGUCUCAUCCGAUGACAUUCCCCAGCUCGCCUACACCAAGGAUCGCCUGACGCUGCGCCUUGAUGGGAUUACUGAUGCUCGCGCAGUGUGGGCGGGAAAGGUGACGGCCGCCCUCAGCCGGCAAUACGCCCACGUGUGGCUCAGCAAGUGCCACAUGACGGCCGUGGGCGGGGCAGUGUUCCUGGAUCACCUCACGUGGGGUCAGACGCUGGUGGGCGCCGUUCAUGUCUUCGCUCUGUCUGGCCGACCCAACCCACAAGAGUUCUCCGCCCUCACCACCCGCGCCGCCCAGCUCCCCAACCAUACCGCCCUCUACUGGUAGUUAACCCCGUACAUGUUCACAUCAUCAGGUCGCCAGGACAGCACCACCAGUCGUCUCUUGCAAGAAGCGAUGGACUUUAUCUGUCAGCUUCAUAUAUUUUAUUUUAAUCACUGUUCCUUCGACCUUGAAAUUAUUGAACAAUUAUAUUUUCCUACUAAUUGAUAUAUUAAAAUAUUAUAUUUAUUAAUUAUAAUUAUUAUAUAUUAAUUAUAUAAUAAUAAUUAUAUGUAAUUAUAAAUAUAUUAAAAUAAAUAAAUAUUAAAAUAAAAUAUUGUUAAAAUGUUGGACCUUCGACAAGCCGCCGGCUUCCUGUCCUCAUCGAGGCCACUCGAGUUAGUGGCUUCCAGGUAAACUCAUUAACUGUUGUAUUCCUGAAACAAAUUUAUGCGUAUUCUAAAAGAAUUGAUACGAGAAUCAUGCAUACAUUAUUUAGAAGGACUUCGGAAUAAUGUAUGGGAAUCUGACUCUUCUGAAUCUCCCAAUGGUGAACAUUCCAAUUGUAAACUAUGAGAACAAGAGCUGGGACAUCCUCCAACACUAUAUCUGUGAUUGUCCUGUUAUCAAUGACUUCAGACCAAGUGGUAUGAGGUACUUUGAGCUCUGUAAUUACUUCAUACACUCAGGAAUAUUGGAAGAUAUUCUUGUUUUGUACCCAGAUUUGGUUAGUGGGGGCUAAUAGAUCAAUCAGCGUUACAUUUCAUGUUCUCUCCUGAUUCCAUGUAUGACUGGCCGUCCUGUGAGGUGGGGAUGUUGGA